AGGGGCAGGGAGGGACUCGAGGAGUACAGGAACAGAGGCUGAAUGGGGCAUGGGGCACGCAGCCAUUGUGACCUCCCAUGGAUGUCCUCUGAGCUGGUCUGACUGAAGCCAGGCAGCUGAGGAGCCAGGACCCCCAGGGAGCAGACACCUAGUGAAAGAGGUGCUGUAUCCAGGACUAUGUCUGGGAAACGAGGUCGAGCUCGCAAACUCCGAGCCAGGAAGGCUGGCAGGGCCCAGCGGGCGCCUGAACAGCAAGGCCCUGAGGCUGAGCCCCCGCCCCCGGACACAGGGGGCCCCCGGAGUGAGAUGGGGGUGGCCCCUACAGAGCACGUGAUCAACACCAAGCCAGCUUCCCAGAGACAACCCAGGAUGGCCAAGCCAGAGCAGCCACAGGCAGCCUCAAGGCCCACACAGGCCACUGCCCCAGGGUCUGAGCUGAUGCUGGUCCUCCCUGGGUACAUGGAGCACUGUGGACCAGGGGCUCCCAUGCCCUCCUUGGGCCCAGAACUGCUGAGGCUCCACGAGGUCCAGCUGUGCCUGGCCCAGGAGCAGCUGCUGCUGGAGGACCGGCAACGGCAGGUCCAGCUACAGAUGCAGAUGUGGCAGGAGGAACAGGCCUGGCUGCAGCAGCUGCAGGAGGAGCAGGCCUGGAUGCACCUGGAGGGGCUACAGCUGGCCAUGGCCCUGGAACAGCUCCGCCAUGAGGGCCUCGAGGGACUGCAGACCCAAGGCCAGGCCCUAGGCCCCAACAUGGCCCGUCGCUCCCAGAGCUCCUCUCAAGGGGACAACCCACUGGCACCUGGGUACCUCCCACCUCACUACAAAGAAUAUUAUCGCCUAGCAGUGGACGCACUGGCUGAGGGUGGGUCAGAGGCCUACAGCCGCUUCCUGGCAUCUGAGGGGGCACCUGACUUCCUGUGCCCUGAGGAGCUGGAACAUGUGAGCCGACACCUGCGGCCCCCACAGUAUGUUGCCCGAGAGCCUCCUGAAGGCAGCCCUCCUGAUGUGGACAUGGAUGGCUCUUCAGGCACCUACUGGCCAGUGAACUCAGACCAGGCUGUACCUGAACUUGACCUGGGUUGGCCCCUGACCUUCGGCUUCCAGGGCACGGAGGUAACAACACUGGUGCAGCCGCCACCACCUGACAGUCCCAGCAUCAAGGAGGAAGCUCGAAGGAUGAUCCGUUCUGCCCAGCAGGUGGUGGCUGUGGUGAUGGACAUGUUCACCGAUGUGGACUUGCUCAGUGAAGUGCUGGAGGCUGCUGCUCGCAGGGUCCCGGUCUACAUCCUACUGGAUGAGAUGAACGCACAGCACUUCCUGGACAUGGCGGACAAGUGCCGUGUCAACCUGCACCACGUGGAUUUCCUGCGCGUGCGCACGGUGGCCGGCCCCACCUACUACUGCCGCACCGGGAAGUCUUUCAAGGGCCAGGUGAAAGAGAAGUUCCUGUUGGUGGACUGUGCCGUGGUGAUGAGCGGGAGCUACAGCUUCAUGUGGUCCUUCGAGAAGAUCCAUCGCAGCUUGGCGCACGUGUUCCAGGGCGAGCUGGUCUCCAGCUUCGACGAGGAGUUCCGCAUCCUCUUCGCGCAGUCCGAGCCGCUGGUGCCGUCCGCCGGGGCCCUGGCCCGCAUGGACGCCUACGCCCUGGCUCCCUACGCGGGGGCCGGGCCCCUCGUGGGCAUCCCUGGAGCUGGGGCGCAAACCCCUUUCUCCUUCCCGAAACGAGCGCACCUCCUGUUCCCACCACCCCGGGAAGAAGGCCUGGGCUUCCCCACCUUCCUCGACCCCGACCGCCACUUCCUGUCGGGGUUCCGCAGGGAAGAGCCGCGGAUGCCUGGGGGCGCUCUGGAACCGCACGGGGGGCUGCGGCCACUGUCGCGGCGGCUGGAAGCCGAGGCCGGGCCGGCGGGAGAGUUUGCGGGCCCGCGAGGCUUCUUCCAGGCGCGGCACCUGGAGAUGGACGCUUUGAAGCGGCACAGUUACGUGGCAACCGACGGCACGGGCGCGAUGGAGAACUUCACAGCAGCGCGGCAGGUGUCAAGGCAGACGUUCCUCAGCCACGGCGACGACGACUUCCGCUUCCAGACCAGCCACUUCCACCGCGACCAGCUCUACCAGCAGCAUUACCAGUGGGACCCUCAGCUGGCGCCUGCGCGCCCGCAGGGCCUGUUUGAGAAGCUUCGCGCCGGUCGUCCAGGUUUUGCAGACCAGGAUGAUUUCGCGUUGGGUGCCGGGCCGCGCUUCCCGGAGCUUGGCCUCGACGGGCACCAGCGGCUGGACUACGUGCCGUCCAGCGCGUCGCGGGAGGUGCGACAUGGCUCGGACCCCGCCUUCGGGCCUGCCCCUCGCGGUCUUGAACCAUGUGGGGCCCUGCGCCCCAACUUGGGCCAGCGCUUCCCGUGCCAGGCAGCGGUGAGGUCCGGCCCAGACAACACUACUGAGGCUGAGCCGGAGCGCAGGGGCGGGCCCGAGGGGCGAGCGGGGUUGCGGCACUGGCGCCUCGCCUCCUACCUGAGCGGCUGCCACGGGGAAGAUGCAGGAGACAAGGGCCUGCCAGUCCCGGUGCCCAUGGAAGCCGAGGCCUAUGAAGACGACGUGCUGGUUUCUGGGGGCCGGACAGCUGCCGGGGACCUGCACCCUUCGACCUUCCGUGUCCCUGCCAAGGGCCCGGUUCCGGGCUCAGGCAGCGGUGGCGGUGAGGGCCCGGACGAGGCAGGCCUGGCCAAGCAGGACUCCUUCCGCUCGCGCCUGAACCCAUUCAUCCAGCGCAGCUCCAGGCUGCGCUCCUCUCUCAUCUUCAGCGCCUCACAGGCUGAGGGCGCGGGCGGGGCCGCAGGGUCCACCACUGAAAAAGUGCAGCUGCUGCACAAGGAGCAGACGGUCAGCGAGACGCUUGGUCCCAGCGGAGAGGCUGUGCGCUCCUCGGCCUCCGCCAAAGUGGCGGAGCUGCUGGAGAAGUACAAGGGCCCGGCGCGUGACCCCGGCGGCGCAGAGGGCGCUGUCACUGUUGCCAGUCACAGCAAGGCUGUGGUGUCCCAGGCUUGGCGGGAAGAAGUGGCGGCACCCGGCGGCGCAGGGAGCGAGCGCCGCAGCCUGGAGAGCUGCUUGCUGGACCUGCGCGACUCCUUUACCCAGCAGCUGCACCAAGAGGCUGAGCGGCAGCCAGGAGUCGCCUCGCUCACUGCGGCCCAGCUGCUAGAUACACUGGGCAGGGGCGGCACCGACCGCCUGCCCUCUCGCCUUCUCUCUGCCCAGAGUGCCUCCACCUCCGUACAAGGGCCAGACAAACUCCUACCCCUGGAAGGGUCCAGGGCACAACAGGUGCCCCAUUCUGAGCCAAAAGAGAGCCCCACUGUGGCCUACCCUGAGCGGAAAGGGAGCCCCACACCUGGGUUUUCCAUCCGGAGAAGCAGCCCAACUACAGGAUUUAUUGAGCAGAAAGGGAGCCCCACCUCACCUUACCCAGAGCACAGGGGCAGCCCUGUGUCCCCUGUGGCUGAGCGCAGGGGCAGCCCUGUGCCUCCAGUGCCAGAGCGCAGGAGCAGCCCCGUGCCUCCCGUGCCCGAGCGCAGGGGCAGCCUCACCCUCACCUCUGGGGAGAUUCCAAAGACAGGGCAUGCGGAGGAGGCAGCAGGCGGCCCUAUGGAAGUCCUGCGCAAGGGUUCCCUGCGCCUCAGGCAGCUGCUGAGCCCCAAGGGCGAGCUGCGCUCAGAGGAAGAGGGUGGUUUCCCAGUGCCUCAGGAGAACGGGCAGCCAGAGAGUCCCAGGCGGCGAUCCCUAAGCCGGGGUGACAGCAUGGAGGCUACCACAGGAGAAGAGCGUGGCCCGCGGUCGCGCCUGGCUUCAGCCACAGCCAAUGCCCUGUACAGCAGCAACCUGCGGGAUGACACGAAGGCCAUUCUGGAGCAGAUCAGUGCCCACGGCCAAAAGCACCGUGGUGUUCCUGCCCCAGGCCCCAGCCCAGCCCAUAGCAGCCCUGAACUGGGCCACCCACCGGCUGCUGGCGGCCUGGCCCCGGACAUGUCCGACAAGGACAAGUGUUCAGCUAUCUUCCGCUCAGACAGCCUGGGGACGCAAGGCCGGCUGAGCCGCACACUGCCAGCCAGUGCGGAGGAGCGCGACCGACUGCUGCGCCGCAUGGAGAGCAUGCGGAAAGAGAAGCGUGUGUACAGCCGCUUUGAGGUCUUCUGCAAAAAGGAAGAGGCUGGCCGCCCGGGGGAGGGCCCUGUGGAGGAGGGCACCAGAGACAGCAAGGCAGGCAAGUUCGUGCCUAAGAUCCUGGGCACGUUCAAAGGCAAGAAGUGAGUCUCCUCGUCCACCAGCCCAGGCCAGGUGCCUGAACCACUGCCAUCAUCGUCCAGAGUAUGGCUGUGCUUUUGUGUCUGAGUGGUGGCUGCCAGGCCCCGUGCCAGGGCAGUCUGGAGUGUGUGCUGCUUGCCCGAAGCUGCCCUGUGUCUGUCCCUGGCAUCCUCAGCCUUGGGGCUCCACCUCCUCCCUGUGGUGCUUCUCCCCAGCUCCCUUUUCUGAGGACCCUCAAGCCUCCCCUGCUCACACAUCUGCCCUAACCGUCUCUUUGGGCUCUUGUCCCUUUUGGGCCUUCAUUCCUCAGGGACCUCUUAAGUGCCUCAACACUCCAUUCUCUCUGGAGCUUCUUGUCUCCUUGGGGCUUCUAUUCUCAGGGUUCCCCUCAGGCAUGGCCCCCUGGCUGCCUCAACAGCCCCAGCCUCCCUCUCAGGGCCUCUCUGCUUCUCAGGAGUCACCGCUUUUGCCUCCACCCUGAGCACUGUGGGAUCACUUUCUUCCCUGCUCAGAUUCCCCUGGCAUCUUCCUAGGUGGCCAGUGCUUUUGGUGCAGGGAAGACUGGGCUGGCUGCAGGCAGUCUGGGAGGGGUGGAGCUGGGCCCAAAGGAAACCUUUCUCAGAGUGACAGGAUGGACAGGGAAUGCUGCUUGCUGGGAACGGGGCCUGAUUACUGCUCCAGGAGGGCCCCAGCACAAAGCCAGUCAGCACUGGGCUUUGUGGCACAAUAAAAUAUAGCAUGGACAGAUGGCCUGUGUCCCAGCUUCUUUGUGUCCCUCACACAGGCACCAUCCCAGGCCUUAUCCCAGAGAGAAGCUGGAUGUGCGGCCAGUGAGGUGCAGGGAAGACUGGGCUGGCUGCGGUAAAGGCUGGGCCCCACCACUGCUCCGGGAGGCUCAGGUUCUGCAGAGCCCAACUCCACCCUGUUCAUGAGCCCUUUCCUCUAUGUCACCAACACACAGAAUGUGUUCAGGAAUUCUAGCUUACCUAUCUUGCAUUUUUUUUUUUUUUGGGCAGUUUUUGGCCCGGGCUGGGUUUGAACCCACCACUUCCAGUAUAUGGGGCCGGUGUCCUACUCCUUUGAGCCACAGGCGCCGCCCUAUCUUGCAUCUUUUUUCACCUUCAGAGUAAUUUUAAUUGACUUGGAAUGACAUUUUGGCACCAAAUGCUUAGAAAGUCCCCCAUUGGUGGAUGUAGGCACUGUGAAAUUGGUUUCUGUAUUCUGCUGUUUGUUUUCAAAUGCUGUAGGGUUUGGGGGCAUUUUUUAAUUUUAGCUAUGUAUGGUGGCUCGCACGGGUAACCCCAGCACUCUAGGAGGCCAAGACAGAAGGAUCACUUGAGACCAGGAGUUUGAGACCAGCCUGGACCACAUAGCAGGACCUCAUCCCCAUAAAAAAUACGGAAAGUUAGCUGAGCAUUGGUGGAGCACACUUGUAGUUCUAGAUGCUCAGAAGGUUGAGGUGGGAGGAUCGCUAAAGCCCAGGAAUUUGAGGUUACAGUGAGCUAUGAUCACACCACUGUACUCCAGCCCAGGCAACAGUGAGACACUGUCUCUUAAAGUUUUUGGUGGUAUUUUAUACUCUUAAUAGCUUAAAUAGGAAAGGAAAUGGGUCCACUUUCGCUCCAUCCAAGUGGGGAUGACAACAGAGACUGACAGGUAGAAAAGGUCCACCUGUGCACUGUCUCAGUGCUGCGUGGAGUGUCAAUGUUCUGAACAGACAGGUGGAAGGGGAGCAUUCUGCCCUUGGAGGAGGCCAGAGGUUGGUUGCCCAGCCAAGAGGCCUGAGCUUUCUGUCUGCACCCUCCACUUCUUGCUGAAUAAGACAUUUCCUAAAACAUGAUGUGGCAAUUUUGGUGUUAACAACAAACAAUGCACAAAUUAUUCCAGCAUGUUCCCAAAUACACAUAAUCACCUAAUAUGUUACAGCAUUUAACCUUUAAACUGAUGUCCUUGUGGAUGCCACUGCCCAUCCCUGUGGGAGCACUGAGCGAUCCUCCACUGUGUCCUUCUGGCACCUCCUCCUGCAUCUGCCCAGCUCUUUCUGCUUCCCACACUGUGCAUGGAGUGCCACAGCCCUCCUCACACUGCCCUGCCCACCAUGUGGGCACACUCCAUGGGCACCCACCUGGGAGCCUUGUUCACCAAGUCCAGCAGGUGCAAGCCAGCACCAUCCUGUAGCUCUGGCCAGCCCGAGUACACCGCCUCCCCCGCCCCC